UACUUGCUUGCUGAAAAUAAAAGAAAGAAGGUCCAUUUUCCCACGUAGUUCGUCGGUCAAACCAACGAUUUGAUUCUCAAAGUAAUAGAGAGAUCUUUUUCUAGUUAGACUUCUAUCAAUGCAAUGAAAGAACCAUCCCUUCCUAUUUCUUUGUCUUGUCAGAUAGAAAGAAAAUGAGACCCCAAAGAGCCCCUCUUUAACACUUUAGGGGGUGGGGGUGAAGGGGGGUUUACAUACAACUGAGACAAAGUGCUUUAUGAUUGAAUCUCAAAGGCAUUCUUUUCAUUUGGUAGAUCCAAGUCCAUGGCCUAUUUCGGGUUCACUCGGAGCUUUGGCAACGACCGUAGGAGGUGUGAUGUACAUGCACUCAUUUCAAGGGGGUGCAACACUUCUAAGUUUGGGCCUUAUUUUUAUCCUAUAUACCAUGUUUGUAUGGUGGCGUGAUGUUCUACGCGAAUCCACGUUAGAAGGACAUCAUACCAAAGUCGUACAAUUAGGACUUCGAUAUGGUUUUAUUUUGUUCAUCGUAUCGGAGGUUAUGUUCUUUUUUGCUUUUUUUUGGGCUUUUUCUCAUUCUUCUUUGGCACCUGCGGUAGAGAUCGGAGGUAUUUGGCCUCCAAAAGGGAUUUGGGUUUUAGAUCCUCGGGAAAUCCCUUUUCUUAAUACCCUUAUUCUUCUUUCAUCCGGAGCUGCCGUAACUUGGGCUCAUCAUGCUAUACUCGCGGGGAAGCAAAAACGAGCAGUUUACGCUUUAGUAGCUACCGUUUUACUGGCUCUAGUAUUCACAGGCUUUCAAGGAAUGGAAUAUUAUGAAGCACCCUUCACUAUUUCGGAUAGUAUUUAUGGUUCUACCUUUUUCUUAGCAACAGGCUUUCAUGGUUUUCACGUGAUUAUAGGUACUCUUUUCUUGAUUAUAUGUGGUAUUCGCAAAUAUUUUGGUCAUCUGACCAAGGAACAUCACGUUGGCUUUGAAGCAGUUGCAUGGUACUGGCAUUUUGUAGACGUGGUUUGGUUAUUCUUAUUUGUCUCUAUCUAUUGGUGGGGAGGUAUAUGAAGGAACGAAUCAGUGGAUUGAAGAAUGAAAGCUCGAAGACAAAGAGAAUCGGGCUUUUCCAAAGAAUUACUGCAGCUUUCCCACUCCCUUUGAUUAUCAUAUAGAAAAAAGUCUCUUCCACUUUCCUACCCAAUCUCUCUGUAUUCUGGCACAUAAAUGAAAGAAUCGAAGAGAUUAUGGCAGAUCAUGUUCACCAAGAAAUGACCCGAAAUUGGAUCUUGGUCUAUUUGAUCUUUUUUUUUAAUCGUAAUCAAAGAUGUUUUAUUGUCUCUGGUUUCUUUUCUGAACAAAUCGAAGAACCUAAUGGAUC